UCCACCAUGUUGUAGGAAAUCCACCGCUGCUCCUUACUGUCAGAUUACACUUUAAUCUGAGGAGGUGGAUACCCUGUCAAGACGUGCUUGCUAUUUUGGAACGACGUAGAGGUUGUUUUUUUUCUUCUUUCAAGGAACGGACCGCACCUAAAAGAUGAAUAGUCAGGCGUCCUUUGUCGCCUGUUCGCCCACUUGUCACUACAGUAAAAUGUUAGCUGGCUAACCAGCGGAAAAAAAGAGUAACUAAAUCGGAUUAGCUGCUAACGCUAGGUAAUAACCAGGUAUUAUUGGCUGUAGGUGACAACGAUUGCAACCUCCCUAUUGUCGUUACUGCUUUUUAUUCCUGGUAAAAUCUUAUUCUUCGGCACUAAUGUUGCUGCAAGGAAGCUAGCACGACCACAAAGAGCUGGAGUUCCUUGGCUAGCAUUUUUAAGACGUAAAUUUAAGUCAAAAUAGCUGAGAAGAGGACGGUACCAUAUUCCAACAAAGCAAAACACACAGGAAGCAAAGAUGUCAGGGAAGGAUAAAGAUAAAGCAGAAAAACAGUCCACUACGGAGCGGCUCGUUAAAGCUGUGCCAUACCCCCCACAACAUAAACUGACAAUAAAAGAGGUGUUUGAAGAUGGCAAGCCCAAUGCAGAGCUGCUCCGUAACCACCUUGUCAAGGAGGGUAGGGUGGAGGAAGACGUGGCUCUAACAAUCAUCAAUGACGGCGCCGAUAUCCUUCGCCAAGAAAAGUGUAUGCUGGAAGUAGAGGCACCUAUUACAGUAUGUGGUGAUGUCCAUGGGCAAUUCUUUGACCUCAUGAAGUUAUUUGAAGUGGGGGGAUCACCCAGCAACACGCGGUAUCUCUUCCUCGGAGACUACGUAGAUCGAGGAUACUUCAGCAUUGAGUGUGUUCUCUACCUCUGGUCCCUCAAGAUCAACCACCCCACAACACUCUUCCUCCUGCGAGGGAACCACGAGUGCCGCCACCUCACAGAGUACUUCACCUUCAAACAGGAAUGUAAAAUUAAGUACUCAGAAAGGGUCUAUGAUGCCUGUAUGGAGGCCUUUGACUGCCUGCCCCUCGCUGCCCUGCUGAACCAGCAGUUCCUUUGUGUCCACGGUGGGCUCUCACCAGAAAUCAAUUGCCUUGAUGACAUAAGGAAAUUAGAUAGAUUUAAGGAGCCUCCGGCAUUUGGGCCAAUGUGUGAUCUGAUUUGGGCCGACCCUGGUGAAGACUACGGCAGUGAAAAGACAACUGAACACUUUAACCAUAACUCUGUCAGAGGCUGCUCCUACUUUUUCAGUUACUCAGCUGUCUGUGACUUUUUGGUAAAUAAUAACUUGUUGUCAGUAAUUAGAGCCCACGAAGCACAAGAUGCGGGAUAUCGGAUGUACAGAAAAAGUCAAACUACUGGCUUCCCUUCAUUAAUUACAAUCUUUUCUGCUCCAAAUUACCUGGAUGUCUACAACAACAAAGCUGCUGUAUUAAAAUACGAGAACAACGUGAUGAAUAUCCGACAGUUCAACUGUUCCCCCCACCCUUAUUGGUUGCCCAAUUUCAUGGACGUCUUCACAUGGUCUUUGCCGUUUGUUGGGGAGAAAGUGACAGAGAUGUUGGUGAAUGUGCUCAACAUUUGCUCUGAUGAUGAGCUCAUGUCAGAGGGAGAUGAUCUUUAUGAAGGUGGGACCACAGCAAUGCGUAAGGAGGUGAUUCGGAAUAAGAUUCGUGCAGUGGGGAAAAUGGCCCGUGUCUUCUCAGUACUCAGGGAGGAGAGUGAGAGUGUAUUAACUCUCAAAGGCCUGACUCCGACCGGAACUCUUCCCAUGGGAGUGCUGUCGGGUGGAAAGCAGACCUUACAAACUGCUACCAUUGAGGCAGCUAAAGCGAAAGCCAUCCAAGGCUUCUCUCCCACGAGAAAGAUUCGCAAUUUUGAGGAGGCGCGCGGCCUGGACCGGAUAAACGAGAGGAUGCCGCCUCGCAAAGAUGCCCAACACCCUGACGGCACGACCAUUAAUACCAGUGCACCCAACAAGAAUGGCACUGAUGGAUAGGCCACAGGAACACCAUCCUCAACAUCCCCCCCCUUCCCUCUCCCCGACUCUCAUUUCCCAUCCCUCUGUCUGUCGCUUCCCCGGAAACCACCUGUCCAUCUUCUGCGUGCACGCCGCCGGCCGGGCGGGCAGGGGAAAACGAAGCAGAAACAUCGCUGGUGAAAAGACAAGCAAUCUUAUUUAUGAAAGAGUACUCUAGGUAUUUUGUGUCAUAGCAUCCAGUGAUGGAAUGAAGACAUUCUGCAGUUGUUGAAAUGUUUCUUGUACACUCUUGUCACACUUCCAUAUAUUUGAAAAAGAGCAAUUUCUACGUUUCAGUUGGUACUGGUAGAUGGAGCUUUAGUCCUUUUUCAUUGUUGUUUAUGUGUUUGGCAAUGGAUACGUUGUGAAGUGUUAAUUCUGGAGACUCAUUUGGCAGGGUUUCAAGUGAGCUACGGUGUUUGAUUCUAUUGGGGGGGUGGGGGGGGGGAUGUUAUGGCAAAUUACUCUUUUAUACUUUCAAGAAAAAUGUCUUAUUUAUAACAUUUUCACCAAACUUUGAUGAAGACAUGGGGAUGGAUUUGUGGAGUGUUUUGUUCUGGAGGUUUUGUGCAGUGAUCUUUUGAUGGCAGCUACCAUGUCCACCCCCCCCCCCAAGAAAUACAGGUAUAGCACACCUUCGUUCUGUCACUCCCCCGUCCUGGAUGGAAGCACACCAACCAACAUUUCUUUAGGACGCUUAUUUCCUGUUGAAACAAAAGAGGACAUUUUGUUGCCCAAAAAGCGCUGAGAACACUCGUAAAACUUUCAUGACUGCAAAUAUUUCAGUAUUUAUUGGAAUUACAGCAAUUUAAGUUGCUGUUGAAAAAAAAACAAAAAACGUUUGUGGUUCCUAUUGUUGCUUUAUUUAGCUGUAACCGUGUCUCCAUCUACUGUUUUAUUACACAGUAUUCAGAUGUGUGUGUUCUUUUCAUUGUGGCAACUGUGUUAACUAAGGCUUCUAAAUGACAGCAUUAUGUUGUAUGGAGACUGACGUUCCGAUGUGGAACACGACUGUAUAUUUGGCAAGGCCAAGCAGUACUGUAGUCAUCUCAUGGCUCGUCACAUGCGCUCAUUUUACUUUCAUAGUCGCUGGGGUGUCAUGGGGGUUGUGACUCCGCUCAUCACCUUCACUUGUCUGCUGAAAACCAUGCAUUGGACAUAUGACAACACCAGUUCAUGUGCGGUAGAUCCCCACAAGUGGUUGAUACGCUCAUAAAAAUGUCUGUUUUUGACACACGGCUCGCACCUUCCCCUCCAAAUCCUCCUCUAGCUGGUUGACGUUCUGAAUGAUAAUGUAAGAUGAUCGAGGAACAGAUGGAAUCGGAGUCAUGGACUUCCGUAGCCAAACAGACUGUUGCAUCUCAAUAGCACGCCGCUGUGGUGCAUUCAUGUUCACCCACCAAAGUGAGAGGUCUCAACGCUUGCCGAAAAAGCAUUAUCAUAAACAUGUAAAAAUUGUGGCCUUUUCAUCAGUGGUACUUAAUGCUUGUAUUAUCAAGUAUGUAUGUGUUUAUGAAUUAGCGGUUUGUGGGGAAUGAGAUGUGCUUUUUGCGGGAAAAAAAUUAACUAUUUUUUAAGAUUGUUUUGACCAAAAAUAGGCAAAUUUGUAUAAUCGAUAUUUAAUUAUUUUUUUUUAACAUUCUGACUUCUGUUCAUAUAUUUCAAGGGUAUCCAAAGUACGGCCCAGGCACCAUUUGCGGCCCGCAGCUGUUUGUUUAUUGGCCUGAGGCACAUUCUAAAAAUAUAAUUUAACAAUAAAAAAAUGAAAAAUUACAUUUUACAUUACAAAUUACAAAAAAAGUUGUAAUCUAAUGAAAAAACUUGUAAUAUUAUGAGAAAGUUGAAACAUUUAAAGAACAUUUUUUUAAGGUUUUUAUAUUAUGAGCAACAAACAAAACAAAAUAAAAAUAUAAUGUUUGGAAAAUUAGGUUGGGGGAAAAAGUCAAAAUAUGAGAACAAAAUUGACAAGAAGAAAUUAAAAAUAGUUGGGGGCGGGGGGGUGGAAAAAACAACAAAAAUGGAAAAAAAAACAGCAGUAAUUUUACGAGAAUAAAGUAAAAAAUAUUUACAGAUAAGUUAAAUAAAAGUUAAAUAAAGAUAAAUUUGCAAUUCUAAGAGAAUAAACUCAUGAGGAAAAAUGUCAUUUUAGUAGCAUAGAGUUGAAAUAUUACAGAAAAAUGUCAUUUUGUAAAGUUGCAAUAUUAUGACAACGAAAAUAAAACAAAGUUGUAAUUUUUUAAAAAUUUGAUUGGGGAAAAAGUUACAGUAUAAUAUUGUGCGAAUAAAGUCAUAAUAUUACGAGAAGAACAUUUACUUAAAUUAUUUAUGAAAAAUGUUAAAAUAUUUGAUUUUUUUUUUUAAUUGGCGAAAAAUAGAGGCCUAAAGUCCAAAAAACUCAAAGUUCAUACUAAUAGUACACUUUUUCAACUCUACCACAAAGCUUUUUAAAAAAGAUACAGUAUAUAUACAGCAUAUAUAUAGUGUGUAUAUGUAUAUAUAUAUAUAUAUAUAUAUAUAUAUAUACUGUAUAUGUAUAUAUAUAUAUAUAUAUAUAUAUAUAUAUAUAUACAGUCAAACCUGUCUUAGCGGCCACCUUUAUAGAAGGGCCACCUGCCUAUAGCAGCCACUGAAAAAUCCCCCGCAGCAAAUUUACAUGUUAUAGACCGUAUGUAUAGCAGUCACCUGUCCAACGCGGCCAGCGGCCACCCAUUUUAAGUUACUUACUUAACUAGCAUAGCUUUGUUCUGUGGGUCGUGGAUAUAUUCUAUCAGUUAUUAUUAAGCCUCUAGCUUCCUUUUAGUAAGUAGUAAGUUAGUAAGUUUAGUAAGUUUGCACUACAUUGUCAUGUAGACCUACAAAGUACACUUGGAAGAAUAAGAGGUGAAUAAAUGUAUUGCAACUGAUGUGAAACUGAUGAGGGGUAGGAUUAAAUAAGCUUUGCUUCUUCCUACUCCUUUUUGGACAUGCAAAAUUGUGAAUUGUACUAUGUGAUGUGCUACUGUUUGACUCAUGCAUGUUCAGGAUGAAUUAAAACCAUGAACCAUGAUAAUAACAAGCCUAGUAGUGUUGUAACUUUUAUCCGCAGUCCGCAGUUCCAUCUACUGGUCAACAUUAUUAUUAUUAUUAUUUUCCCUUUUUUUUUGUUUUUUUCCUCUACUGGUCAACAUUCAAACGGGAUGCCAACCUGUCUAUACAGGCCACCUGUCUAUAGCGGCCACUUUUGCAGACUCCCUCUAGUGGCCGCUAUAGACAAGUUUGACUGUAUGUAUAUAUAUAUAUAUAUAUAUAUAUAUAUAUAUAUGUAACUUCUUAGCAUAUCUACAUGUAUUGCUUUAUGUAAUAUCAAAGCGGCCCUUGCAUCUGUUCAUUUUUCAGUAUGUGGCCCUUGGUGGAGAAAGUAUGGACGCCCCCAAUGUCUUUGGAAGGGUAUUUCAAGGUCAUAUGUCCAAUGUGUGUGUUUUUGGCACUUAAUAAAACGUGGGAAAGCGCUUGGAAAGAAAAUGCUAUCUUUCUAUACAAUUUAAUUUAUUGAAAUGAGUUUGCGCUCCUUCUGUGCCAUUCUGGACACGCUUGAAGAUCCGUGUGUGUGUAUGGAUGGAAAGUCAAGAAGCCAGUCAUGUUGUAUUCCCAAAAGUAUUCUACUUUGCUUUCAUGUACAAUGGAAAACUCUGUGAAAGUAUACAGUUGUACAUUACUCAUUAUUUUGAUGUUGCUUUAAAAGGGAAGGCUUUAUUGAGAGAACCGCACAGCACAUUGACCUCCUCUUAGGUCCUCUUCAUAUCUUCUAUCUAUGAAAAAGGAAAACUUUGCAUAUAAAGAAUCUUCUACUGAUUGUCAAAAGGGUUCAAAAGUGUUCCGUACCUGUCAUGCAAGGCAAUGAAUUAUUUAUAGAUGUAUCACUUGAAAGAUAAGAAUAAAAUUCAAAACCAGUGUUUUAAAGUGA